GUGCGUGCGUGCAAGAAAGCGUCGGCCGCCGGAGCUGCUGCAGGAAGCCAGGAAUCAUCCCCGUCUCCAAUCGAGUAUGGACAAGGUGCUGGCCUUCUCCAUCCUGAGCGCGUCGCCGGCUGACGUCGCCCCCGGCGCCGGCUCCGGCAACAGCUGGGCUCGGCUCUCCUGGCAGCGGCAGGGGAGGAGGCUGCAGGAGCAGCAGGACGACGACGACCAGGCUAGAGCAGGGCAAGACGGAAAGCAGCGCGGUCUGCCGGCUGAGGCGGAGCAGCAGCCGGACAAGGGGAAAUCGCAGUCACCGCCGACGUUGAGGGCGCGGUUCGCGCCGGAGUUCGAUGGGAUCGACUGCUUCGGGACCAUCGUGUGCCACUGAUCAGUGAAUCACGAGCUGCUCGUGGUCGUGUGUGAGACUAAUUCUUUCUUCGUGCGAUCGGCGCGUUCAUUUGCUGUUAACUUGUGCUUCCAACUGAAGCCGCGUGUUGUACAGAAUGCAGAGCUAGAAAGAAACCAAUUUCGCCAUGAUUAUUUGGAGAUUAGCUUUGGUUUUUAA